AGUACGUUCUCGUUGAGGAAGCGAGGUGUGCGAUUGUGUGCGAUUGGCCGUCAUUUACCGCUCGACUUUUGCACUGAUCGAGGCAAUUUGCAAUAGUCGAGUAGUGCGUCGUUCUCCGUGGAUGAUCACACAUAUCACAUUGACUGCCCUAGACCCGUCAAUUUGCACGGAAUUCAAUUGCGCAUCUCGUCGCGUCUCGUCGUGUCAUUGCUUAAUGACUUGCGACUGGCAGUCGAGGAUCGAGCUGUCUUGAAAGCAUGAAGAAGUUUCUGAUCGCGUUCAGCGCGAUUCUAGCUGUAUCUACAGCUGGAGUGAUUAUAACUACUGAACCAAAAAAUGAUCCCACACUUUUGGGUUCAGAUGAAUGUUCGUGGGGGCCCAGUUAUUGGUGUGAAAAUUUAAAAACAGCUAAAGGAUGCAAUGCUGUUAACCACUGUAUUCAUCGAUACUGGGAGCAAAUGGAAGUUCCGGAGGACAAUGAUAAUGUUUGUGGAAUCUGUAAAGAUAUGGUGCAACAAGCACGGGAUCAAUUAGAGAGUAAUCAGACUCAGCAGGAAUUAAAAGAUGUUUUUGAAGGCAGUUGUAAAUUAAUCCAUAUUGAUCCAAUUGUUAAGGAAUGUAUCAAGAUUGUGGAUCAAUUUAUCCCUGAACUUGUGGAAACAUUGGCAUCUCAAAUGAAUCCAUCUGUGGUUUGCUCCGUCGCAGGACUUUGUAAUAAUGCUCAUUUUGACAAAUUGCUUUCACAAUAUCCAACAUUAACAAAGAAAAACAUAAUUAAAACAAAAUCAGUUUUCUUGAAGAAUGACGAACUCGAGCCUGACGAAUGCAGUAAAUGCUACACGAUAGCAAAGUAUAUGGAAAAUAAAUUACGUCAUACAUCGCGAGAUGCAAUGCUUUUGCAAUUUUUGUAUACUUGCGGCAAAUUUGGUUCUUAUUCGGAUUCAUGUUCGGCCAUUAUUAUAACUCAUUUUAAUGCUAUUUAUGAUCAUUUACAAAAUAAUUUCAAUGCCGAUAGCAUAUGUCACUUAUCAGGACAGUGCAGUGACAAAUAUCAUAAACAUGAAGACACUAUCGAUGCAGUUCCAAAAGUAGAAAUAACACCACUGUCAAGUGUUGGUAUGGUAGAAGUUGAAGAUGAUCUUCCAUGCAAGCUAUGUGAGCAACUUGUAAGUCACUUGAAAGACCUGUUAGUUGCAAACACUACAGAGACAGAAUUUAAACAAGUUCUUUUGGGUCUUUGCAAGCAAACUAAAUCUUUUGCUGAUGAGUGUAAAGCUAUAGUUGAUGAAUAUUAUGAGCAAAUUUAUGAAUAUCUUACAAAGGGGCUGAACAGCAAUUUUGUCUGUCAAUUAUCUGGUAUUUGUCCUGGUCCUGACAAAACAAUACAAGGACCAAUUUGGCCUUUAAUCCCAGAAAAACUAGUAAAAGUAAAAGACAGUAUAAUGAAUGAUAAACAAAAUCAGAAAGAAAUUGAAGUGACCAUUGGCAAGGAUCACUUAAAAUCAGAAGCUGAAGAAAUGCAAUUGCCAAUUGAGAGAUUAAGCCCUUUUCCUUUGCUGCAACCUGAAAGUGUAAAUGGAAAGGAAGCAUGUGCGUUAUGUGAAUAUUUGUUACAUUAUAUACAAGAUACUGUUACAGAUCCUGCAAAUGAGGAGAAAGUCAAGGAAGCUCUCGGAAAAAUAUGUAAAAAGUUACCUUCCAUUGAAGGCAAAUGUGAAGAAUUCAUAGAUGCUUAUGGAGAUGCAGUUGUAGCUAUACUUGCUCAGGAAAUUGAUCCAUCACAAGUAUGUCCUAUGAUACAUAUUUGUCCAUCGGAGGCAUUCUUUGAUACACUGGAAAAGAUUCCUAAAAGUUUUACCAUUCAGGAGGUACAGGAUAAGCCAGGUUGUCCAUUUUGUUUGCUUGCAGUGACGCAAAUUUAUAAUGUCAUCAAAAACAACAAAACUGAGGCUAACAUUGAAAUUGAAUUAGAUAAAUUAUGUAAUCACUUGCCACAUAGCUUGACUGAUCAAUGCACAGAUUUUGUGAAGGGAUAUAGUAAAGAACUCAUAGAAAUGCUGCUCGCAGACUUGACACCCUCAGAAGUAUGUGUUUAUCUUAAAUUAUGUGACCAGACAAAAGAUCCUGGCCCAAAGCAUAAUUAUAUUACUCAAAAGGAUAAAGAGAUAUUGACCAACGAGAUAUAUACUUAUCCAUUACACAUAGUUCCAACAAAUACUUUAGAUGAUGGAGUGUGCACUAUUUGUGAAUUUGCUAUGCGGUAUAUUGAUAAAGUGAUUGGUAAUGAAAAGAAUCGAAAUGCAAUCGAAAAAGCGGUACAUGAUGUAUGCAAUCAUUUACCGAAAACAGUUGCCAAAGAUUGUAAUAAAUUUGUUGAUGAAUAUGCUGAUGCUUUAAUAAGCAUUCUAGCAGAGGAUGUCAGUCCUAAAGAGGCAUGUGCUUUGCUCGGCCUUUGCCAGAUCAGCAUAAUACAAAUUCAAGACUCUGUAGCAGAAUGUGCCUUAUGCCGAGCAAUUAUAUCACAAAUUGACAAGUUAUUAGAUAAUUCAAAGGUUGAUGCUGAAAUUGAAGAAAUAAUUCAAAAAGUCUGCAAAUAUCUACCUGCGGAUCAACAAGAUAAGUGUAAUGCGAUGGUAGAAAUUUAUGGGCCAAGUAUAAUAAACAUGCUAAAAAAUCAUGUGGCUAGCGAGAAAAUGUGUGACAAAAUGGCUUUGUGCUCUUCCAAUGAUUAUUUUGCCAUGUCAUUCAAGAAUUCACGUGUGCUGCGAUCAAUUAAUGAGCUUAAAAAAUGCACUUGGGGCACAUCAUUUGUGUGUGGAAGUGAGGAAAUGACUAGACUUUGUAAUGUUACAAAGCAAUGUGAAGAUUACCGAAAAAAUGGCAAGGGUCUUUUAUAAAUUGUAAGUAACAAUUACAAGCUGGAAACAAAAUCUAAUAACUGAAGAAACAAUGAAGAUGUGGUACAUUUCUUGGUUGGUGGUUUCCAGAAAUAUUAGCCAUAUAGGAAAUAGCCUAUUUCGUGUUAUAAUAUGUAUGAUCUUUAUAUUAAUCUCUGCUAUAUCAGAGUUUUCGAAUAAUACUGAUCUGUGUAGACAGGUGCGAUAAAUGCUAUACAAUUUUCUUUG